AGGAAAACAGUCGAACUCUCCCUGGUUCAGACAAGAUGGCGGCGCCCUGCAGUGGGUCACGCCGGCUGCUGGAGGCUCAGUGUCGGGUUUAACUCUUGAUUAAUAUCUCGGUUGAUCCGCUGGUUCAGUUCGCAGGUGAAUGGAGGGAUGGUUGUGACCUGCGAGGACGUCAUCGGCUGAGGAGCUCACCAUGCUGACGUCAGUGCUCGUCGACAUGUCGGCCGCCUCCAGGGGGAAGAAGCUCGGCUCUCUGCUCUCUCUCGGCAGGAGUCUGUCCCACAGCCAGCGCGGCUCCCCGGAUCCCCCGCCGGAAACCUCCGCUCCACUCCCGGACACAGAGCCGGAGCGGAGCUGGAGGCGCCGGAAGGACCCCAGCGGCCGCUCCGUGUUCCUCUUCCCCGGGCAGGGCAGCCAGUUCGUGGGCAUGGCCCGGGGUCUCUUGAAGUACCCCAACGUUAAAGAGAUGUUCGACGUCGCCCAGAAGAUCCUCGGGUACGAUCUGCUGUCCCUGUGCCUGCAGGGGCCCGAGGAGGACCUGAUGAAGACGGUGCACUGUCAGCCCGCAGUGUUCGUCACCUCUCUGGCUGCUGUGGAGAGACUCAACCGGGAAAACCCACAGGCUGUUGAGACAUGUGUGGCCGCUGCAGGUUUCAGUGUUGGAGAAUUCGCUGCUCUGGUUUUUUCCGGUGCCAUGGACUUUGCAGAGGCUCUGUAUGCGGUGAAGGUGCGUGCGGAGGCCAUGCAGAAGGCCUCGGAGCUGGCUCCCAGUGGGAUGCUGUCAGUCAUCGGACGACGUCAGGCUCAGUAUAAACACGCUUGUCUGCAAGCUAAAGAGCACUGCAAGAGUCUGGGGGUGGAGCAGCCCGUGUGUUCUGUGGCCAACUAUCUGUUCCCUGACGGCAGAGUCAUCGCAGGACAUCGACAGGCUCUGGAUUUCCUGCAGCAGAACUCGAGACGUCUCCAGUUCAUGAGGACCAAACCUCUCCCGGUCAGCGGAGCAUUUCACACCGAGCUGAUGGCCUCGGCUGCUGAACCCCUCCGAGAGGUUCUUAGACAGGUGGAGAUGCGGCGUCCUGAGAUCAACGUGUACUCCAACGUCGACGGGAAGCGCUACAUGAACGAGAGCCACAUUCGGCGGCAGCUGGUAAAGCAGCUAGUGUCGCCCGUGAAGUGGGAGCAAACUCUGCACGAGAUCUACGAGAGGACGCAGGGGGAGCGAUUCCCUCACACCUACGAGGUCGGCCCGGGAAAGCAGCUGGGCGCCACGCUUCAGAAAUGCAACAUGAAAGCAUUCAAAACGUACACGCAGGUGCAAGUCACCACGUAUGAAGACUGAUAACGCAGAGGCGUGGAUUUGGAAUUAAGCAGCAGGAGGAAAAAAUGGACUUCUGCAAGACCAACUAAACUUGCAAGCUCCUGUGGUUGCUUCUCAAGGUCUUGUUUGUGUAUUAGUCUGAAUUAAAAUCGUUAUUUUUUACUCAA